GAAAUCAAGUGAGUUACUUUAAAAACCACGUCAUUUGAGUAAAAACCACGGCAAGCCAAGUUUACGCCGUUUUGCGUGGUUUUUGUCAAACGACUAAAAACGAAAGAUGGUUUUCAAAGUGUUUUUGUUGGAGAACCGUUUAAACAUGCCAAAGAGUGAAAGCAGAUCAUAAAAUGCUGAAAACCACUUGGUUGGUUUGGAUGCCAAAAACCAAAGCCGAUAACCGAAAGCCGAACGCUAGUUUCUGAAAGCCGAACACUGGAUGGCUUGGUUUUUGGUUUGGGGGAACACCAAGUGUUUUUAAUGACUUAAACAAGUUUGAAAAAUAUUUUUAUGAUGUAAGAAAUGCAAUGAGAGAUUUUAGCCUAAGGAGCCAAGGUGUAAAGAUUGGGUCGGUCUUGAUCACAAUAAAGACCGACUCAAUACUAUGACUAAGGUCUUCGUUCUUGGUCUCCGUUUAGCUCUUGCUCUUAUCUUCGUUCUUCGCCUUGUAUAUUCAAUGUUCGACUUGAUCACGGCGGUUUGGCAUUAUCAAAACCUGUUACAAAAACGAACACGGCUUUAGUACGAAAACGUGACAAGCCCGUGUUUCAACACUAUCUUCCUCAAUUCUCCACAAAAACACUUCAUAUUUCCUUCUAUUCUGCUGUCUUGAGUGAGGAGAAUACGCUGGUGCUGCCAUUUUAGUUAGAGGUCACCGGAGUUGGGAGCUUUUGUCACUGAAAGUUUCGCCGUUCUUUCACCGGAAUCUUCGUUUAGCAUCAAGACAUAUUUAAUAUGGAGAUUCAAAUGCAUCAAUUUUAGAAAUUAAUAAGUUUAAAAAAUCCUAAAUAAGAAUGGAAGUGGAAUCAAAACACAAGAAAAACUCCCCUGACUUGUUCUUCUUCAUUCGCACGCUGCACACAGAAGACCUGCUGGAGCCGCCGCCGGACCAUAUGUCGUUGCCGAGCCGCGCCAGACCUAGGGUCGAAACCCUAGGUCCGACUCUCUGUUCCGUUUCCCUCUCUGCUCUCUUCCGAUCUGGUCUCUCCGUAUAUCUGCCCCCCCUCUCUUGUGGCUUUUUGUCUUCUUUUUAUACAUGAAUUAAUCCAGCUUUAGUCUUCAAUUUGGAUUAAGAAUAGAAAUUAGAGUUGGAAUCCAAGAAGAAGGCUGGGCUCGUCCGUUUCUUGCGCUGUGCGAUUACUAUUGCUAAAGUAGGAGUCUCUUUUUUUGUUCUUUUUCUCCCGUUCUUUUCUAAGGAGUACUUCAUUUUAUCUCUUUUCUUCUUCUUUUUUUGUCUUUAUUUUGUACUCUAAAUAUAUCUUGAAAUCUGUGUCAAGGAAAACAAUACUUCUAAAUAAUUGUCAAAUAAAAAUAUGUUCAAAAUCAUGCAUUUUAUGUAUAAAAUAUAAACAGUAGCCUAAAGUGCUAAAUAGAACAAAAUAUGAUUAUUUAUGUAUAAAAUGCAUAUAAAAUAUCAUAAAAGUACUAAGAAAUGAGAGAAUAAAAUAUGACAUUUUGUGACUCAACACAUGUAUUGAAUAUUAUUUUAUGAUGAAUAAAGAUGUUGAAAUGUUUUAAAUUUUUACGAUUUCCAAAUUAAUACUCCCUCCGUCCCACUAUAUUCGUCCACUUUUGACUUUUGGAACUGUUCAUCUAAGCACUUUAACUCAUUAAAUUCUCUCAAUGUGUAAGCCUAAAUAUAGUCAUGCGUGAUCUUGUUUGAUUUGUCUUAACAUAUAGAUUAUUAAUAUAUAAUUUUUAUAAUUUUUUAAUAUACAAAUUAUAAGAUAAAAUGAAUUAAAGAAGUGUAUUGGAUGGUGUGCAAAAAUGAAAGUGGACAAAUAUA